AUGGAAGGGAAGGCUCUUUCUUGGUAUCAAGAUUUAGAAGCUACGGGUGGGAUAACUAGUUGGGAGGGAUUCUUAACUUCCCUUCAAACUAGAUUUGGCCCAUCUGCAUUUGAAGACCCUAUGGCAGACCUAACACGGUUGAAGCAAACGUCUACAGUAGAAGCCUACAAGUCAGAAUUUGAAGUGAUUUCCAACCAGCUACGUGGGUUGGCUGAGCCUUAUAAACUAAGCUGUUUUAUAAGUGGCCUACGAGAAGAGAUAAGGUACCAGGUGAGAAUGCUAAACCCUACAACUCUAAAUUCUGCAUAUGGACUGGCUACAAUGCAAGAAGAAAAUGUGGCUGCACUCAAAAGGGCUUCUAGAGCCCUUUCAAGUCCCAAUCGUGCUACUUAUAGCCCACCUUCAACUCAAGGGGCUACAAUUGGGGACCGUCGAUCAGUUGUUUCAAUUCCAAGGCUCACACAUGCUCAAAUAAAGGAGAAAAGAGAGAAUGGCCUUUGCUUUAGUUGUGAUGAAAAAUGGGGCCUAGGACAUAAGUGCAAAACAGGGAGGGUGAUGCUCAUGGAAUUGGGAGAGGAAGAACCUGAGGAAAAUCGACCCAUUACUCACAAUAGGCAUCGGUUCAGAAGUUCACUUGGAGGAGCAAUUGGUGGAACCAGAAAUUUCAAUUCACGCUAUCUUGGGAUCUCCAAAUCCCGAGACUAUACGGAUGAAAGGCCAAAUAUUGGGGCUGAAGUGGUGGUAUUAAUUGAUACUGGCAGCACCCACAAUUUUGUGGAUCCAGCCAUUCCCAAAAGGGCCCAUGUGCAGAUAGAAACUUCUAAGGGGCUGUUGGUUAAAGUGGCCAAUGGAGAUGCUGUUUACAAUUCUGGAAAGUGUUCUGAUCUGCCCUUGAAGAUGCAGGGUAAAAUCUACAUAGCAGAUUUUUACAUGCUUACCUUGGGCGGUUGUGAUGCAGUCUUGGGAGUUCAAUGGAUGCGCACUGUGGGGCCAAUCCUUUUAGAUUUUAACAAGCUCAGAAUAGAGUUCAAGUUAGGAGACCAACAACAUUGCCUGCAAGGUAUUCCUCCCUCUGGUAACACAUUAAUUAAGGGUACUAAGUUUGGUAGAGCUAACAUGAUCAAAUCUAAGGGAAUAGUAAUACAGCUAAUGGAUAAUUUGGAAAUGCCUUUUUAUUCUAUUGAGUCUAUUCCAUGUCCAGAAAUCCAGGCCCUACUCCAACAGUUUUCCAAAGUGUUCGAGGAACCGAAGGGAUUACCUCCCUCUAGAACCCAAGAUCACCAUAUUAUGCUAAAAGAUGAAGCUAAACCAGUUUGUGUCCGACCUUAUAGAUACCCCUACUUCCAAAAGGCUGAAAUAGAAAAAUUAGUUAAUGAAUUGCUCAAAAAUGGUCUUAUCCGCCCAAGUCAGAGCCCUUUUUCAUCCCCUGUCCUCUUAGUUAGGAAAUCUGAUGGGAGUUGGAGGCUUUGUAUUGACUAUAGGUCACUCAAUGCUGAGACAAUUAAAGCUAAAUUUUCUAUUCCUAUAGUUGAUGAACUCCUAGAUGAGUUACAUGGUGCCACAAUCUUUUCUAAGUUAGACCUAAGCAAGAACAUGACGGAACAUCUAUUCCACCUCAAGUCUGUCCUAGAAACUCUUCAACAGCACCAGUUAUUCGCUAAAAUGUCCAAAUGUAAAUUCUGUUGUCCAGAAAUUGAUUACCUAGGCCAUAUCAUCUCUAUAGAAGAGGUAAGGCCGGAUCCUAGCAAGUUGGAAGCCAUGCUUAAUUGGCCAUUCCCAACAUCCAUAAAAUCUUUAAGAGGGUUCUUAGGCCUUACUGGCUACUACAGGAAAUUUAUUAAAGGUUAUGGCCAAAUAGCUGUCCCUCUCACAGCCAUUCUAAAGAAAAAUUCCUUCCAUUAG